AAUGGAUAUAAAUAUGUCUGAUGGCCACCUAGCUUCAGAAUUUUUACCAGGGUCACCACAGAAUAUAGAAUUACAGAAGCCUAACCUUUCCAGUGCAAAAGAAGGAAGGCAACUCGGCUCUGACAGGAGUAAUGAUAUUUCAAAAGAGAUUAUAAAUGAAGCACAAGACAUAGAAGAUGAGGGAGAAGAAGAGGACCUUCAUGAUCAUGACCUAACUCCCUGUGAAAAUAUUGUAGAUGAUAUGAAAAUGAAUGGAUUUCAAUCCAACGAGAUUGACCUCCUCGGAAUGGGUAAUGGUCAUCAUAACGACUCACAGCAAGAAGUGCCAGAUUCAGAAUCGGCUCCUUCAGAGCAUCCUAAUAUUGUUCCCAGGAUCUUAAUAGAAGAAGACAAGGAAUAUUUCGAUGAUAGUGGGUAUUUGGACAAAAGAAAUGGAGAUUCCGGUAACUGGCAACCUAUGGCUAGCUCACCAAAUCUUGGGGAAAGCCAUGAGUUUCAGAUGAAGUUCGAUGAUGACAAUUUUGCUCCAAGAAGAUCUCAGAGAAAUAUUCGCAAGCAAAGUUUCUCAAAUAUACUAGAGAGCGGGUUUAAUAUUCAAGAAAAUAGCGAUGAGAGGGAGUUUAGGCUAAUUAAAUGUUGAGAAUUCGAGGAAGGAGAACAACCUAAUCUUAUUUUUGUCAGCUUCCAAGCUCUCCUUUUAAUGAACAUACAUGCUCACUUAUUUAGCAAUGAAAUAAUAGGCUUUUGAGGAGGUCAAGAAUUCAGACACAAGAGCGGUAAAUAAAGCCCUAUAUAUACACGAUGCUUAUCCUACUAAAGCUAUUGAAGAUGUAUGCUAUGAUAGGACUAAAAGUGUGGAAAUGGAUCCUGAAUCACUUCAAGCAACCGCGAGAUUGAUUGAAAGCAGGAAUCAAAUUGUUUGCUCAUGGUAUCACAGCCAUCCAAUAUUCGAGACAAAUCCCUCAUGAAUGGAUAUCGCAAAUCAGCAUAAUCAUCAAAUGAUGUAUUCAAAAGAUAAAAAUCAGCCUUAUGUUGGAUUCAUAGUGGGUCCAUAUACACAAAAACUCAACUCUUGAAGAGUGAUUAGCGAAUUCACCUGCUUUAAGGUAGAAGAAGUCAAGAGUAAAGAAAAUGGUCAGAACCAAGAUUCCGAAGCCAAGUCGCCAUUCCCUCUUGAAGCUCAGAAUUCAUCAGUCGAAAAGGUGGAGAAAUAAGCCAUAUUGCUUGGAAGUGACAAUUGUUCCCCAAAAACAAGUCAAUAAACGUGUAAUAGACAGCAUAAAAGAUAUCUUUGAUAUUCACUCAGUAGCAGGGGAUAAAAUAAACCUCUCACAAAAGUGGAAAGGCAAGAUGACUAAGAUUGAGAAGCUCAGGAAAUGAGUCAAAAUGCUGAUUACCCAAAAUAAUGAGAAUGCUUCUAAUUUUAGCCUUGAAGAACUAGUUGACAUAGAUUCAAGCUUCAAUGCAGUUGAGCUAUCUACCUCUACCGAUGAUGAUAACAACAUUGAUAUUGAUUUUGACCAGCUUUGCUCAGAAGUCAAGUUUCUUGAAAAGGCUAAAUUUAAGAAAAAGGAGCGCAAAAGAGGGCGGCCGAAGAGCAACAAGAUAGUACUAAACAUUGCUGGAGAUGAACCUAAAAUAGUCAACGAAGAAGAGGCCAAAUCCAAAAAGGCUCCUACUGCGAAUCCUAAAGAAGCCAAAAAGAGAGAGAAUAAAGCAAAGCGGAAAGAGACAAAGCCUAAGGUAAAGGAAGAGAAGAAAAAGGACAAAGAGAAAGAAAAAGAGAAGGAAAAAGGGAAAGAAAAAGAGAAAGAAAAGAAGGAACCCAAAGUAGUCAAGAAGAAGGUAAAGGACAAACCGAAGCCAAAGAAACCCUCUAAAAAGGUACCCGCAGGUAUUCCUUCAAUAUUUAAGGUGGAGAGAUGCCAGAGACCUCUGAAGAAAAAGAAAAGUGUUCCUAUAAAUGCAUCUGAGAAGUAAGAAGCUUUUUGAUAUCUACAGAGGGUUGUUUCCUUUGGAAAACAUCAUUUAAUUAACUUAUUAAUCUUCUUGAAAUUAUUUUAUGUACUUAGUCACUUUAUGGCAGAUGU